CAUAAGACCUUCUAAAACACAGUCAAUUGAAUUAACAUCAGUCUCACGGUUCACUUUAUACACCCAAUAUCUACUAUUUGUUUUAAAUUACAAUGGGUGUGACAAGUUUACAGAUAAUUUUUGACAAUCCUACGGCUGUAUUUAUGCCUGGCCAAUCCCUUACUGGGAGAGUAUUGGUAGCUACUAGUAGUUCUGUAAAAAUAAGAGGUAUUAAAUUGAAAUUCCGAGGAGAAGCUAAAGUUUCGUGGACUGAACAAGAAUCUCGUAGAAGCGAUAAUGGCGAAACUGAAAACUACUCUGUCAAAUAUGAUGCUGAAGAAGAAUAUUUUGAAAAUAAAAUGACCUUGGUUGGAGGCGGAGGUGAAUCACAAUUAGAAGCYGGUGAACAGGUUUAUCCUUUUAAUAUUUCUUUACCUCAUCAGUUACCAUCAACAUUUAAUGGCGAGCAUGGACACAUCCGUUACAUAGCAAAAGUUACUAUUGAUAUCCCUUGGGCCAAGGAUAAAGAAACAGAAAAAACUUUUCAAGUUAUUUCUCCUUUAAAUUUAAAUGACGAACCAUCAUUAGCUGAACCCAUAAAAGAAGAAAAAGAAAAAUUUUACUGUUGCUGUUGCUGUGAGUCUGGUCCAACAACAUUGGUAGUCUGUCUUCCUUAUAGUGGUUUUGUACCUGGACAAAUAAUACCUCUUACUGUUGAACUAGAUAACAAUAKUAAUGUAACAAUUGAAGCUGUCAAAAUUAAAUUGAAACGAGACCUAUUAUUUAAAGCAAGACACCCAAGUGAAAAAACAAAUUCCAGUUCAUCUGAACUUGCAGUUUUACGUUUACAAGGUAUUGAAGCUCAUGCUUCAAAAACAUGGACGGAACAAAUGAUAGUUCCGAAUAGUUUGAUGUUCUCUAAUCUAAAGUAUUGUGGAAUUAUAACUGACCAAUAUGUAUUAAAUGUUGAAGCUGUUGCUGGMGGUAUGUAUGAAAACACUAAUGUUAAUGUGAAAAUUACAAUGGGUAAUAUUCCAUUAAGUAUUGCCCAAGAUGCACCACAAUUUGGUAUUCCAAUUCAACCACCUAAUCAAAAUGAUUCUUUAAAUGCCCAGUUCCCUACAAAUUCUACCAAUCCUAUAAAUUUGCCUGCUCCUAUUCCUGGUUUCGCACAACAAGUUCCACCAUAUGGCCAACCUCCUCUUACUUCUUAUCCACAACAAAUCAUGGACCCAACACAAAAUUCUGGUCAGCCAUCAUUGUAUCCUCAAAUGCAAAUGUAUAACCAAUCUCCAUUACCUUAUUCAGAUGUGAAUAUACAACAACCAGCAUUUAACCCAGCUUAUCCUUCUGCCCCUUCUCUKUAAUCUAGGAUAAUCAGGUUUCAGCUUGCUUUCAGAUUAUUAAGGAUCUUGUUAAAUAAUCAUAGUUACACCAUAUUUUUACAAAUUUAUUUAAAUAUUAUUUAUGUUACAUUAUAUAGUAUUUAACCACUUGUCUUGCCUUCUUGUUAGUGUAUUACUUAUUAAUUAUAUUAAACUUUAGUAGUUAUUUUUCAAAAUUUCAAUUUGACCGUGUAUUUUGUAAUAUUACUCUAUUCAGCAUAAGAAGCAACUUUUUACACACAACAGCUCCUUUACUCAAUCAAUCAAUAGCCAAUACACUGAACAAUAUUGUGCGCRCAUUACACAAGAUGUCUGCUCUUGUUGCUUCUAAUGUUAUGUAGAGAAUAGAUAAUCAUGAUUAGUUUUUAAUAAUUUGAUAAUUGUGCCUACUUCUAACUAAACAAUAUAAAAAAUAAAAAUAAUACUAUCCAAGAAUGUUGGAUUAAAAAACUAUUCAUUGAUUGAUAAGAAAUAUGAUGGUUUAAUUUAUAGUAUACAAUUCUUUCUAAAAUUGAUCCAUACAAAAUAAAUCAAAAUUAAUCUAUAGAAAUAUAAUUAA